GGUGAGGAUGAGCGCAGAAGAAGAAGCAGCGGAGCUCCUCUGUUAGCUCUAUCAUGACCGAACCGAUGUAGGAGGAAACAAAAGGGACUCCUCUGAUCCCAGACGGACUCUAUGAUGGCAGGCGAGGAGGAGAGGGGGGUGGUUCGGGUCAAAGUCAAGAAGUGUGACGGAGCUCUUCCUGUGGAGUUUCGCUCCUUCGCUGUGGACCCUCAGAUUACAUCGCUGGAGGUUCUGCAGCACAUCCUCAUCAGGGCCUUCGAGCUGAACGGGAAGCGUAACUUCAACGUGAGCUACCUGUCCCGGGAUCGGAGCGGCGUGGAGACGUACCUGUCCCUGCUGUCGGACUGGGAUCUGGAUGUGGCCUUCAUGAGUGCAGCCAAACCUUUUCUGCAGCUCAAGAUGGACGUGAAACCCUCCGAGGAGAGUCCAGUUAUGGAGGACUGGGACAUCAUAAGCCCCAAAGAUGUGAUCGGUUCUGAGCUGCUCCUUGCAGAACGGACCAAGUCUCUGGCUUCUGCAGCACUUCCCUUCACCCAGACCUUACUGUCCCAGGUGGGACGGACCCUGUCUCGAGUCCAGCAGGUCUUCACCUGGUCUUACGCGGAGGACAUCAAACCCUUCAAGCCUCCGCUGAGCGACUCUGAGUUCCACAGCUACCUGAACGGACAGGGCCAGCUGACCCGACCCGAAGACCUCAGACUGAGGAUCUACCAUGGCGGCGUGGAGCCGUCCCUCAGAAAGGUGGUGUGGCGAUACCUCCUGAACGUUUAUCCUGACGGACUGAGCGGACAGGAGCGCAUGGACUACAUGAAGAGGAAGACGAAGGAGUACGAGCAGCUGAAGAGGGAGUGGACGGCCCGGGUCAGCCACGAGGAGCUGGACUUUAUCCGUGGCAACGUUCUCAAAGACGUCCUGAGGACGGACCGAGCUCAUCCGUACUACGCGGGCUCGGAGGACAGUCCGCACCUGACCGCCCUGACGGACCUGCUCACCACGUUCGCCAUCACGCAUCCUCAGAUUUCUUACUGUCAGGGGAUGAGCGACAUCGCCUCGCCUAUACUAGCAGUUAUGGACAACGAGGCUCACACCUACAUUUGUUUUUGUGGCAUCAUGAAACGCCUGGAGGGAAACUUCCGACAGGACGGGCAGCUCAUGUCCGUUAAGUUCCAGCACCUAAAGCUGCUCCUGCAGUACUCGGACCCAGAGUUCUACGCCUACCUGGUGUCCCGAGGGGCCGACGACCUCUUCUUUUGCUACCGCUGGCUCCUGCUGGAGCUCAAGCGAGAGUUUGCGUUCGAUGACGCUCUGAGGAUGCUGGAGGUCACCUGGAGCUCUCUGCCCCCUGAUCCUCCGGAAACUGAAGUGGAGCUUCUGGGGCCGCCGUCGGAGGCAGUUGAAGCAACGUCGUGCGGAGAUGGGGAGGUUGAGAACAGCCUCAAAGACGAAGAGGUGCAAGAAGAAAAGCAGCGGAGACGACAUAUGCUGAGACCAUCGAGAGAGGAACCAGAUCUGAGCAGGAACUUUAUCCCUGACGAGAAAGACCACCAGGAUGUGGGUUCUGGAAGGGAAAAGGGCGGUGUCGAAUGUGACCGCACUCAAGAGACGACGGAGAAGUCGGCUCAGCGGUGCUGUCAAAGACAAACAAGUUUUGGAGAGUUUAAAUACUACACAGCCCGGAAUGAAGACGGCUUUGACAUGGAGGGUGCUGACAGACCCUACGGUCCAAACAGCUCAAGGCGCCAGUCCACAAUGGACAGUGAGGACGACCCGGGAGAACAAACGCCUCUCAUUAAAAACUGUGACAGCGGCUUAUCUCCGGUGUCGUCACGCUCUCUCCUCCCUGGUGGCCUACCAGCCUGGAAAACUGGUUCCUCCAGCUUUCCCACGUCUUCAGUCUCAAACUCCAACUGGCCAGGAGCUUCUCCAGGCUCUCCUCCGAAAUCCCCGUCCACAAGCAAAGAAAGCGAGGCCUUAUCAAGAACUGCCCCAAAGGUACUGACUUCUCCAACCCAGGUGCUGAGCACCACGGGGACCAGAUCUCCGUCUCACGUCCCGAGCAGUUCCCUGCUGUCUUCACCCGUUCUGUCCUUCAGCCGGUCGUCGGCUCACAGCCAGUCCUCGCUCAGCAUCAAAUCCCCAGUCGGUACCAGAGCCACCUCACUAAACGCCAGCAUCAAACCAUGUUCCUUACCGCCGCCUCAGGAGUUCGGCAAAGGCAACCCCUUCAUGCUGUUCCUGUGCCUGUCCAUCCUGCUGGAGCACCGGGACCACAUCAUCAAGAACAGCCUGGACUACAACGAGAUAGCCAUGCACUUUGACCGUCUCGUUCGGCGCCACAACCUCAGCAGAGUCCUGCAGAGGGCCAAGGCCCUGUUCGCUGACUAUCUGCAGAGCGAAGUGUGGGACUCUGAAGAAGGGGACGAGGUCAGCUCAGACUCCCCGACAGCGGCUGCGCCACAGUCCCCUUCUUCAUCCAUGCCCGUCUACAGCCCCCUGGCGUCGCCGGCGUCGUCACCAAACUCGACCUAUAACCUCUCCACCACCAUCCCCUCCCCGUCGGCUCACGUCUCCCUGUCCCCUGUGUCAUGA